GCCGAGCCCCCAGUCACCUGGAGCUAACAGAGACCUGAAGCCUUUGCAUGGUCUCCUUCUCAGUGGGUGGGGUUACGCGAUCUGCUCUUUGGGGGUGAAAGAAGUUGCAGUCUGAGGAUUAAGACUCGUUUUGACUUAUCAGGUUGGGCGGCACACCAACCACUCACUCUGCUUUCUCUUUCCUUCAGGCUGGUACCAUCAUGCAUCCUUGGGUAGCCAUUCCAGGCCUCAUCCUACUUCUGACAAAUGGUGUCAUGUCUUACGUAAAAGUGGUUGGGAUGGUGGGUCAGCCUGUUGUACUGCCCUGCACCUAUACUGGCAAAGCCGCAACCAUGUGCUGGGGCCGUGGGCCAUGUCCUUGGUCUCGCUGCACAGCUGAAAUGAUCUGGACUAAUGGAUACAGUGUCACCUAUCAGCAGAGUCCGCGUUAUUCACUAAAGGGAAAUAUUCGGAGCGGGAACGUGUCUCUGACCAUAGACAAUCCAACUGUGCAGGACAGUGGCCUGUAUUGUUGCCGUAUUGAAAGGAAGGGCUGGUUCAACGAUAGAAAACUCACCAUAUCUUUGGAGAUAAAGCCAGCUCCUCUAAGGGCAACUAUCAAAACUGUGACAACUUGGCCAACUACCACCACCAAGACAACUAGGCCAACUAUCACCACCAAGAGAACUUGGCCAACCACCACCACCAAGACAACUAGGCCAACUACCACAACUAAGAGAACCAGGCCAACUGUCACCACCAAGAGAACCAGGCCAACUGUCACCACCAAGAGAACCAGGCCAACUGUCACCACCAAGAGAACCAGGCCAACUGUCACCACCAAGAGAACUUGGCCAACUGUCACCACCAAGAGAACUUGGCCAACUGUCACCACCAAGAGAACCAGGCCAACUGUCACCACCAAGAGAACUUGGCCAACUGUCACCACCAAGAGAACCAGGCCAACUGUCACCACCAAGAGAACCAGGCCAACUGUCACCACCAAGAGAACUUGGCCAACUGUCACCACCAAGAGAACCAGGCCAACUGUCACCACCAAGAGAACCAGGCCAACUGUCACCACCAAGAGAACCAGGCCAACUGUCACCACCAAGAGAACUUGGCCAACUGUCACCACCAAGAGAACCAGGCCAACUGUCACCACCAAGAGAACCAGGCCAACUGUCACCACCAAGAGAACUAGGCCAACUACCACCGCUCAUCCAAAGCCAGGACCCACAAAGAAACCCCAGCCAGGUCCACCUACCAGGCCUCCAAUGACAGCUACAACAACUUGGGCCAACACCACCGCCCGUCCAAAGCCAAGACCCACAAAGAAACCCCAGCCAGAUGGGAAUGACACUGUGACCAAGUCUUCAGGUGCCCUUCAGCCUAACAACCAAAGUCCUGCAGUGACGGUACAAAGUCCAUGGAGGACCAACAAUAAGGGAAUCUACAUUGGACUCUGUAUUGCCGCCAUAGUGUUAUUGGUCACGAUUUUGAUUGUCUUGCUUGUCAGAAAAUAUUUGUGCCUGGGAGGCAAGGUGGAGCUUCUACGCAUGAUAUCAUUUAAGGACAGUCACUUUGGAGCUUUGAAAAAUGCAGCUGUAAAGCAUGUCCGAGCAGAAGACAAUGUCUACAUUAUUGAGGACAGUCAGUAAGUCGUGGAUUAAGAUCCAG